AUGAAAAUUUUGCUGGUUUUUGACUUUGACAAUACAAUCAUAGAUGACAGUAGUGACACGUGGAUUGUACAGUGUGCUCCAGGCAAAAAGCUUCCUAUUGAACUACAGAAUUCUUAUCAAAAAGGACUGAGGACAGAAUUUAUGGGCAGAGUAGUUAAGUAUUUGGGAGAUAAAGGUGUAAGAGAAGAUGAAAUGAAAAGAGCAGUGACAUCAGUGCCUUUUACUCCAGGAAUGGUGGAACUUUUCAACUAUAAGAAUAAGGAUAAAUUUGACUGUAUUAUUAUUUCAGAUUCAAAUUCAGUCUUCAUAGAUUGGGUUUUAGAAGCUGCUAAUUUUCAUGAUGUGUUCGAUAAAGUGCUUACAAACCCAGCAGCUUUUGAUAGCAAAGGUCACCUCACUGUGGAAAAUUAUCAUGCUCAUUCUUGCAACAGAUGCCCAAAGAAUCUUUGCAAAAAUGUAGCUUUGGCAGAAUUUGUAGGUAAACAGUCACAACAGGUAAUCAAUUAUACACAAAUUGUUUAUAUAGGUGAUGGUAAAAAUGAUGUUUGUCCAAUAACCUUUUUAAAGAAGAAUGAUGUUGCCAUGCCACGGAAAGGAUAUGCCUUACAGAAAACUCACACCAGAACGUCUCAAAAUCUUGAGCCUAUGGAAUAUUCUAUUGUGGUGUGGUCCUCAGGUGUUGAAAUAAUUUCCCAUUUACAAUUUCUUAUAAAGGAGUAA